AACUGAUCGUGUACCGAGCGGUCCGUUUCGGCGCGUUCCGUGCGUCCAGGGAACAAGUUGGAAAAGGCGCGCAUCACGCGACGCAUCAGGUCAACUUACUGGACGUUCGCGUCCUUUCGGGGGACUCUUAAUUAUCAGUUAAACGUUAUCAUUGCUCGCGCAUGUUGGCUGUGAAGAAUUUACAACCGAUGAUAAGAAAAACUGGAAUGCCAACAAGGACAAGAAGAGGGAGAGAAUCUUACUGCAGGAUUAUUACUAAGAGGGAGGAUCCAGGUGGAACAGAAGAACAACAACAAUCAAGAAUAAGGAAUGGAGUUACACAAAUGAAAACGGCGUCGGCUGUAUCUAAAUAUUUGUUACAGGUGUUUCCUACAAGAACUCCUCAAUUUUCCAAUUUUGGCAUUCGCAGUGCUCACUAAAACCUCUUUGACUGCACAAUCUGGACCGCUACGGGCCGGUUUCGGCUCGGCCGAGCACGAGCCAAUAUUUACCAGGAGACCACGAGCCAGGGAUAUUUUCCUCGCGGAGGAUUCUCCGCGCGCCCCGGCCGAAGGAUCAGCUCGCGUGGGUGGGGGAAAAGGACUAGGAGAGGGGGCCGGGGGGAGGUCAGGAUACGUCGGUUUUCGGGACGAAGGCGUGGGAGUCGAGGAGCAUCAAGGACAAUAGAAGGCUCGUGAAAGGAUCAGAGGAGCAGGACGAGGCUGCUGGUCCACGGCGUGCGACGUGCCCGGCGAUUUCGUGCCCAGCGCUGAUUGGUCGGCCGGCGGGUGGAUCUUCGAUUUACGAUGCUGCUGUGCGUCGAAUGACACGCGACUUCCUCGCGUCGGAGCGGAUUUAAUUAAUCGCUGUGCCAGGCGGAUCGGUUUUCGGUUCCGACUCAGCUUACAGGUUUGCUUUAGCUUCGAUACAAACGAACGGUCUGUCAGAGAAUUUUUAUAAACACAAUAUAUUGCUAUAACAAUUAAUUAAUAUUAUAUGUGGUGUGUCAGGUUAACGUUUAUUCACGUCGAAUUCUUAUAACGCAAGGCGAAAUUGAAAAUAGAAUAUUGAAUAUUUGAUUAAAUGUGGUUGAUGAACUUCUAACAUCUCGUAGAAUAUGAUAAAAAUAAUUUCAUACGAUCUUUUGUCAGCGUUGCAUCUUUUUGUCAUUGUUUUGUAUCGCUUUCUUUCACAUUCUUUGAUGUUGCGUUUGAUGCGACAUUGCAGUCAUACGAUAGAGGUCGAGUAGAAAAACGCAACG